CAUCCUGAUCCCGUCGACGUCACAACCAGGAAGUGGAUACUGAAUCACUACUACUCUCCAGACAGCAGCUACCUGACAGCUACAGGUCCUACAGGUGGAGUCUUCAGGUAGUCUUCAGGAGUCUGUCACUAAUCACAGCUUCUCGGUCAACAUGUUGAAGGCGGUUAUUUUAAUCGGAGGCCCUCAGAAAGGCACAAGGUUCAGGCCGCUGUCAUUUGAAGUGCCCAAACCCUUGUUUCCAGUAGCUGGUGUGCCCAUGCUCCAGCAUCAUAUUGAAGCAUGUGCCAAGGUACCGAAUAUGAAGGAGAUUUUGCUCAUCGGCUUCUAUCAGCCAAAUGAAGAACUGACCAGAUUCCUGUUUAAUGCACAGCAGGAGUUCAAAAUUUCCAUUAGGUAUUUGCAAGAGUACGCAGCCCUGGGCACCGGAGGGGGCAUCUAUCACUUCAGAGAUCAGAUUGUCUCAGGCAGUCCAGAGGCUUUCUUUGUCCUGAAUGCUGAUGUUUGCUCGGCGUUUCCUCUCGCAGAGAUGCUCAGCUUCCAGAAGGAACAUGGAGAACCAAACAGCUUUGUUAUCCUUGGGACAACGGCAAACAGACAGCAAUCCAUGAAUUACGGCUGUAUUGUUGAAAACGAGGAAACACAUGAGGUCUUGCAUUAUGUGGAAAAGCCGAGCACAUUUGUGAGCGACAUCAUAAACUGCGGCAUAUACCUCUUUAAGCCCGACAUCUUCCAGCACAUCGGCGCCGUGUUUCAGAAGAACCAGCAGGACAUGUUGUUAUAUCCAUACGAUGGAGAGGAGCCAACCAAUGGCUGGCACCGAGCGGAGGCCAUCCGGCUGGAGCAGGACAUUUUCACCGCCCUGGCAGGACAGGGCAAACUCUACGUGUAUAAAACCCUCAGCUUCUGGAGCCAGAUUAAAUCUGCAGGCUCUGCAAUUUAUGCCAGUCGGUUGUACCUGAACCAGUAUCACACAACUCAUCCUGAAAGACUGACCUCAAAUAAGGAGGGAGGGCCAAAAAUAAGUGGUAAUGUCUAUAUUCAUCCUACAGCCAACAUUGACCCCACUGCUACGUUGGGUCCCAAUGUCUCGAUUGGCACUGGAGUGACUAUUGGUGCUGGGGUCAGAGUUCGAGAAUCCGUCAUCCUUCAUGGUGCAACUCUACAGGAUCACUGCUGUGUUUUGAACAGCAUUGUGGGAUGGGACAGCACCAUUGGCAAGUGGGCGAGAGUAGAAGGAACCCCGAGUGACCCAAACCCCAAUGAUCCCUUCGCCAAGAUUGACAGCGAGACCCUCUUCAGAGACGGAAAACUCACACCCUCGAUUACUAUUCUCGGUUGUAACGUGAGCAUCCCUUCCGAGGUGAUUAUACUCAACUCGAUCGUCCUCCCGCACAAAGACCUCAACCGCAGCUUCAAAAACCAAAUUAUUCUCUAGUUAAUCUUCCUCACUCUCCUGUCCACUUACUGUCACUGAUGAAGGAUGCGGCUGGACGCACGCCAGUGCCGCCGCUGAGUUACUGUAUAUAAGAUGUCAAAAGUGAAGAUAUGGGGCAUUCAUUAAAUAGUUUUGAAAGAUAGAUUUUUAUAUAUUUGUCCUCGAGCCUUUAUGCAUCAUUGGGUGUCAGCAACAUUAGAGAGAGGCUAAUCACGCAUGUUGAUUCACCUUGAGAAGCGCCGUCAUGCCAGAGGUUCAUAUUGGGUUUUUUAUUAACUUUACCGAACUGUAAAAUUACUGCAGACACCUGUGUAAUAUAUUUGGUCGGAUGUAAUAUGAUGUAAAGAAAAAAAAAGUUUAUAGACGACCACUCUGUUGUCUCAAAGGCGUCCUUGACAAACUUGAGACUUCAGCGUGAGAAGAGGAAUUAUUAGAGAAUGAAACUCCCUGGCUUACUGACUGUUGUUAAUUUUUAGAGGUGAUUAUUUGUGUGCAGCUCUGAUUAAAACCGUUUAACAUCUCCA